AUGGCGACUUCUAAGAUACCCCAAGCGAAGGAUCUCAAUUCCGACAACAUUACCGAGAACGUCAUUCUGAUUAAUUCCCAAGGCGACGAUGUUCGGCUGAAAUAUGUCCUUGAACGCUUGGUCACGCAUUUACAUGACUUUGCCAGGGAGACACGGCUCAGUACAAAGGAAUGGAUGGCUGGUCUUGACUUCCUAGUCAGAGUUGGCCAAAUAAGCACAGAUGUUCGACAUGAGUUCAUCCUUCUCUCUGACAUCCUGGGUCUAUCCCUUCUGGUCGACUCAAUCGACCACCCCAAACCCCCCAACGCAACAGAAGGAACCGUCCUAGGACCCUUCCACACCCACGAAGCCAAACACCUUCCAGCCGGAACCGACAUCUCCUCCGAUCCCAACGGUGAACCCUGUCUCGUAAUCGCCCGCAUCAAAGAUCCAUCUGGGAAUCCCAUCCCAGGGGUCAAAGUCGAUAUCUGGGAGACCGACUCCUCCGGCCACUACGACGUCCAAUACGCUGAGCGAGACGGCCCAGACGGCCGAUGCGUAAUGCACAGCGACGACAACGGCUCCCUUUGGUUCAAAGCCAUUCGUCCAGUCAGCUAUCCCAUCCCGCACGAUGGACCUGUCGGCCAACUCCUCGCAAAACUCAAGCGUCACCCCUGGCGGCCGGCACACAUGCAUUUCAUGUUUGAGAAGCCCGGAUGGGAUCACCUGAUCACGGCGCUGUAUAUCACGCCUGACGAGUACAUGACGAGCGAUGCGGUGUUCGGCGUGAAGGAUAGCUUGAUUGUGGAGAUGAAGGGGGCGACGGCGGAGCAGGCUGAGAAGUAUGGUGUUAGGGUGGGGUAUCCGGUUAUUGAGUGGGAGUUUGUGCUUGUUACGGAGAAAGAGACGGAAGAGUUGAGGGAUGGGAAUGCGCUGAAGGCGAUGGCGAAGUUGUUUCCUGGGAAGAAGGUUAAGUUGUUUGAUCAUCUUCCUGUGCCUGAUCUUGAUUGA